AUGUCUUAUGCCUCUGCUCAGCUCUCUGCCUCUGCGCCUGGCGCGCAUAGUCCCAAGCCUUCCUCUGCCCUUGCAACGUCGUUCAUGGGCAACUGGACGUCUGAUGAUGACCUCGACAACAUAGGUCGUCAAUAUUCGUUCUGCUACAACGCCAACUUCAGCAAAGUGGGCUCUCAACGUUACGACGCAGCCCUCUCCGAAUUAGUCUCCUAUCACUUCGAAGGACCUCAAUCCAAGAAAGCCGGUAAUGCCAGGACGUCUUCUUGGUUCGAGGAUGCGCGUGUCAUGGAAUUGCUCUCUGAGGACGACGUUUUAGACUUGGCCGAUGCUUCCAAGGCCGAGCUCCUCGAUGCUCAGUCGACCAAUGCAGCAGUAGGAGAUCUGGAGGUCACCGCAGCAGGUACAUCUGCUGCACCCGCAUCGCUGGCGAUGCUGGGAUCGAUGACCCCUAUCUCCACUUCCUCGUCUGCCGCAGAUUGGUUGAAUGAUGAUCGCGUGUGGGAUGGCGAGAACACGACCCCAGAGUGCGCUCCUACCCAUCCUACACAGUCCAUCAAGCAGUCGAUGAAGGAUGGGAAAGAAUCUUUCAUACCCAAGUUCAAACCCUUCGUCGACGGCAAACCAUCAUCCAUGGUAAGGGUCACAAGCGGACCUGGCCUCGGUAUCAAAAUGACCCCCACCAAAAGUUCAGAGGUAUACGAAGCCGUCGUCCUCGCUUCGAUGGCUAGUGCCACCUCCUUCCUCGUUCCCGACAGACCUCGCCUCACUGCCGUCAAGUCCGACGAGGACAUUCAUGUUUCUCCUUUCAUGCUAUCUCAUCCAAGUCUGGUGGCCAGCGUUUCCUUCGCCGUCUCCAGCCCCUUGAUUCAAAAUGCUCCAGAGGCGCCUCGUCUUUAUCAUAACAGGGUGGAUGUGGACAGCCCCACCAUGAGCUAUACGCCAGCCCAGAUUGACGCUGCCCAAUUGGUAAUUCAGACCCCUCAACCUAACCAUACCUCCAACAUGAUGGACAAUGCUUCAGCCGCCCUCUCCAGCCCUUCGCUCCAGAAUGCUCCGAAGGCUCUUCGCAAUCAUUAUGCUAGAGCGACCGCAGAUAGCCCAACCACUAGGUACUCAUCAGCCCAAAUAGAUGACGCUCAGUUGGUCAACUCUCCCAAGUUCAAUCUCAUCUCAAACAUGACGGCCAGCGUUUCAUUUGCCGACUCGAGUCCCCUGCUUCAGAACGCUCCGAAGGCUCCCCGCCUUUAUCACGCCAAGCUGGCCAUGGACAGUCCAACUACGACUUAUUCUUCAACCCAGAUUGACGAAGCUCAACUGGUCAAGACCCCUGAGCAUAUCUCCCGGCGGCGCAACGUCCAUGGUUCAAGAACCUCUAUGCACUAUACCAACAACACUUUCGACGGGCCAUUAGACACUCCAUCGAAACCUAGCUCCUAUCGCACCUUCCUCUCUAGCGAAAGAAUGCAAAUUGCUCAUCUCAACGCAGCUCUAGCCUCUCGCCCACAAAUUUAUGACACGCCGUCAAAGAUUAGAAUGUCUGAUUCCCCCCUCUUGGAAAAACCAGAGCGGAGAGUUCUCGCAUCCAAUACAAGCCUCGAUCAGCACCCUUCUCCCGAAUCAAACUCCACCUGCCUUGAUACUUCAGUUCACUUUAAUAGACCAGUCCGCAGUGGCCCCCCAGUCUCCCCCCGCCUACCGCCGGCCGCCAGUCCCCUCGAGCCCAGUUCGUUUGUCACUCCUCAAAAGAGGGGGCCCCCAAGUAUCUCAAUGAGGCUCGCAUCCCCUCGUGUUAAGACUCGCUAUGCGUCUUUCGCCUCCCCCACACCCCUACCAUCCAACGUCAUCAAAUCCAUUCCACGUAUGACCCCUCAAGAUGACGCAUCUGCGAAAGUUGAGUUGUCCACAAGCUCUUCACUCAGCAUCUCUUUCCCUCGCGUUGAAACAAUGUCCGGAUUAACCGAGCAAGCCAGCCAUGUUUCCCUAGUCUCCAAUAGUUCUUCCCUUCAAGAAAACACCCCAAACCCUAGUCUAAACCCCGUCUCGUCUCCACGUUCCCUCGGCGACCUUUUCUCCCCUUCUGCCCGUGGCGAGCCGAUCUUCCCCAACCUCUACACUUCCGAACAGAUCUCUGAACCUGGCUUCAAUAUAUCUCCUGCCCCUCCUCAUCUACCUUUGCCUUCCAGUUACCUCGGGCCUUAUUCGUCCGUCUGCCCUCAAAACGACGUUGAGACUCGCAAUGUGUCCCUCAUCUCCCCCCACACAUCCAUAUUGGCCAGUUCUAUUGAGUCCGUCCUAUAUGCCGCUAGAAGCGACGCGCCUCUAAAAACAAGCACUUUAUUAAGCUUCUCUUUCCCUCGUCUCACGUCAAUACCGGAAACGACAGAGCAGGUGGAUGACGUCCCUCCCAUAUCACCAGACAUCCAAAAUCUCGUCCUGGAUCCUUUUUCCCCUUUACCAUCUCCAUGCAACAUUUCUCCCGCUCUGGGCACCACAGACUCUUCCCUACGAAUCAGCAAAAGUUUUGAGGGCCUCGGCCUCGGACUUCCUUCAACUCUCACUUCUGAAUCAUUGGCCGACAAAGCCACAUACGAGGAUUCCCCGUUACUAGAUGUCGUCUGCUCCCAGGCGAACGCAAGCGGAAACACUGAACGCCCCAGGUUACCCUCCCAGCUGGCUUCAGGACUCAACUUCCCUGAUGACCAUUCUGGCUCGUCCGAUAUUACGCUGUUCGAUAGCAUCGAUAGCGAUCAGGUGGAGCGCACAACGUCUGUCGAAGAUGCGGCAGUUACAGCUCUUCUUGAGGCGCUAUCUUCUUUUGAGCAGCAGCGCGAAUCCUACGACCUUCUCCCUUCCAGAAGCUUCAUGCAAUUGCACCGAUUUCCGAAGCGAUCUCUGUACGACAUUCCUGAGGCAGACACACCUCCAGCCACACCUCCAACUCCCCUCCCCACCUCCGCACACAUACCUGAUGCCUCCUCUUACACCAACGACGCCAUUGAACAAACACCUCAUGCUUCCUCCUCCUCAUCCACAGAGACAGAUCACAUCUCUGAAGCCUCUACCUAUUCAGAAACAUCUCACAUCUCCGAACCCUCGCAUUCCUUUUCACCCUCCACACAAACGUUUCACACCCCAUCUCAAUCAUCGCCCUCCUCCUUACCACAGACACCUCACGCCUUCUCCGACGCCUCUACAGAAAACAUUGUAAAACCAAAAAACAUCAUAAAAUCAGCCCGAAGGCUCGCGGUUCCUGCCUGCUUGAGUUCGUUGACUUUCAAAAACCAAAAACAACAACAGCCUUCACUCGCCGCCAUCAAUGCAGCUACUCAUCAUGGACAACCCUCCGAACAAACGCCUCACGCCUUAUCUCCCUCAGAAAACACUAUAAAACCAAAAAACAACAUAAACCCGGUCCGAGGACUCGCGGCUUCGGCCUGCUCGAGCUCGUUGACUCUGAAAAGCCAAAAACAACAACCUUCGCUUGCCGUCGCCGAUGCCCCUUCCCAGCCAUCCGCAAAUGCUCCUCCAGUUGCCUCCUCUUCCUCCAAGAAUAUUUUCAAAUCGGUUCGAAGACUCGCAGCUUCGGCCCUAAGCUCGUUGACUCUGAAGAAACCACAAUCACUUAUCGUCAAUCUGGCCACUCAUCCCACAAAUCAGCCUUCUGAACAUACGCCUCAGUUGUUCGCAAAUACUCCUCAGCCUUCCACGGAUACACCUGAGAUCUCCUCCUCCCCCUUCUCCACCACAACCGCCUUGCCUCCCUCCUUCUCAGAAAAUGACUUAAAAUCGGCACGAGGACCCGCGGCUUCAGCCAGCUUGAGCUCGUUGCCACCAAAAAAACAAAACCAACCACAACGUUCACUCGUUCCCGGAGAUCAACCCUCCAAUCAUACGCCUCAGUCGUUCGCAAAUGCUUUCCAGCCGUCCACGAAUACACCUCAGAUCUCCUCCCCCUCCCACUCCUCACCCGUCACCGCCUUGCCUUCCUCCUCCUCAGAAAAUAAUUCAAAAUCGGCACGAGGACCCGCGGCUCCGGCCAGCUUGAGCUCGUUGCCACCAAAAAAACAAAAACAACCACAACCUUCACUCGUUCCCGGAAAUCAGCCCUCCAAUCAAGCACAGUCGUUCGCAAAUGCUCCCCAGCCCUCCACGAAUACACCACAGAUCUCCUCCUCCACUACCACCACCCCCUUGCCUUCCUCCUCCUCCUCAAAAAAUGACCUGAAAUCGGCACGAAGACCCGCGGCUUCAGCCUGCUUGAGCUUGCUGCCACCAAAAAAACAAAACCAACCAAAACUUCCACUCGCCUUGCCUUUCUCCUCUUCAAAAAAUAAUUUAAAAUUGGCACGAGGACCCGCGGCUUCGGCCUGCUUGAGCUCGUUGCCAUCAAAAAAACAAAGCCAACCAAAAACUUCUUCACUCGUCAUCAUCACGGCCGAAAGUCCCGACUCGGCUUCACCACCUCUUACGACGGGUUUGAAUGGAUCGCAAGACAAAGGAGCAGACGGAUCGAAUCGAUUAGAGGGAAGCAAAUCUGGAGCGCGAAUUCGAUGGCCGUUUAAUCACAAGUUCCGCUGGACGACUCUGGCUGAAUCCGAGGAGAUCAUUGCGAGUUCUGAUAUGGGGAGCAGCAGCAACGAGCCGCCGCCGAUGUCUCCCCAGUGCAUCAUACAUGAAGACGUUCCUAGGACGACUUUGGGUGUCAAUGGAGACGGGGGUAGGGGAAAGGGAGUGUUGAAGUUCUUAUUCUAG